AAGAAAACAAACAGAAAACAGGGGUUUUGACAGGGCUUUGGAGACAAGCGCCUAAAGUUUGUCGCUCAGUGUAAACCGUUUGAGAGCUGCGCGUGUUACUUUGAUUACGUGGACAAGUGUUUGCCGCGUCAUGCUCUCGCGCUCUUGUGCUCUGGUGCUCGAUCUGUUUUUCGUUCACUUUUGCAGCUGUAUUGGUGUAUGCUGCGCGCUCACAAAAGCUCCCCCGCCGCAUAGUAAACGUCGACGUCGUCUUUCAAAUUCCAACAGUUGCCUUGCGCACGUCGAUCGUAGCAGUUGUGUACCCGUUGCUUGUACCGUUAGCCCUAUUGCUCGCCGUGUUAAUAUCCGGUAUUAAUUGAGUGGAUUACUUUAGUAAAUAAACGAAAAGUCAUGUUGAAGUCAAUUGUGCUGUCCUGCCUUUUCGUGGCCUUGAGCGGCGUUCACUGCAGCGACCUGAAAGUGGAUGUGAUCAGUGUGCCCGAGAUUUGUGAUCAGAAAACGAAGAGUGGCGACUCGCUUACCAUGCACUACACUGGCACGUUGCAGGCCGAUGGCAAGAAGUUCGAUUCGAGCUUUGACCGCGACCAGCCCUUCACAUUCCAAUUGGGCGCCGGACAGGUGAUUAAGGGCUGGGACCAGGGUCUGCUGGACAUGUGUGUGGGCGAGAAACGCAAGCUGACAAUUCCCCCACAGCUGGGCUAUGGCGAUCAGGGUGCCGGCAAUGUGAUUCCGCCAAAGGCGACACUUGUCUUCGACGUGGAGCUGAUCAACAUUGGCAAUGCCCCGCCCACCACGAAUGUGUUCAAGGAGAUUGAUGAGAAUGCCGACAAGCAGCUGAGCCGCGAAGAGGUCAGUGAAUAUCUGAAGAAACAGAUGACAGCUGUGGAGGGUCAGGACUCCGAUGAGCUGAAGAACAUGCUGCAGGAGAACGACAAGCUGGUCGAGGAGAUUUUCCAGCACGAGGAUAAGGACAAGAACGGUUUCAUCUCGCACGACGAGUUCUCCGGGCCCAAGCAUGAUGAGCUGUAAGGCUGCGGCUAGUACAAGUGCUUAAGUUAUAACUAUCUAUAACUAUCUAUGUAUAAAUACAACAACAACAAAAACAAUAAUAUCAAGAAAAGCAACGCGCGACACAUGAAGAGACAACUACAUCAACAACAUAUUC